AUAGUAACUGUCAAAUUGACACAUUGACAUUGUUAUAACCUAUAAAAAUCGAAUAACAAAGCGUGAGUUACGAAUAAAAGAAAAAAGAUUGUCUCCAGUUGAUUAGGAUACAUCAAUUGUCUAAAUUAAUAGCUGCGACACAAACAGUGAAAUAAAAACAGCUCUUAUUGAUUCACUAAAUAUACAAUGGCAGGCUUUGUGGUUCGAAGUACGAAUGGGAAGAAGGGUAAAGCUUUAUUUGCUACGAAACAAUACAACGAAGGCGAUGUUAUCUUGGAAGAAGAUCCAUUAGUAUCGUGUCAAUUCGCUUGGAAUGCAGCGUACCGGUACAUGGCAUGUGACCAUUGUAUGAGGCCUUUGGAAACACCAGAACAAAAUGUUCGAAGAUUAGCUGCAAAGCCCGAUAUCGUGCUACCCCAUGCUAAUAACUUCGAAGCAGAUUUGAUGAAUGUGGCCAGUUGCAAUCAGUGUGGAAUUUUGUAUUGUUGCGAAGGAUGCCGAGAUCAAGCUCUUGUCAGCUAUCACAGAUCUCUGUGCUAUGAUCAGACUGAUGCAAGGCAUCCCAUCCACAUAUUGUUGGAAGCAUGGAAGCAAAUGCAUUACCCUCCUGAAACAACAAGUGUAAUGCUCUUAGUGAGAAUACUAGCAUACAUAAAACAGCACCCAGACCCUACUGUAGCAGCAGCUACUGUCAAACAGUUCUGUCACAGGACCGUUAAUGAAGACGCAGAGCUAGUUCACAAAUUACUUGGUGAGCAGUUUAGCGAUCAGCUGAACACAUUGAGAGAGUUAACGGCUAGUGUGAUUAGUGGCGAUAGUAUACAGGAGUUCCUAACUCCAGAAGGUUAUUGUGCUCUUAUGGCUCUUGUUGGUACAAAUGGCCAAGGAAUUGGUACCAGCCCUUUAGCUCAAUGGGUGAACUCUGUGUCUCAGUUAGCCAUGUCUGAUGAUGAAAGACAACAAAUGGAUUUGUUUAUUGAUAAACUAUAUAAAGAUGUCGAGAAUGAAUCAGGCCAAUUCCUAAACACAGAAGGUUCUGGACUGUUCCAGCUACAGAGUGCAUGCAACCAUAGUUGUGGUCCAAAUGCAGAGUCAUCUUUUCCAUAUGGAAAUCACAGGAUACAGUUAAAAGCUGUUAAAACAAUAAUGCCAGGAGAGGAAAUUUGUAUCAGUUAUCUGGAUGAGUGUUCAUUGCAGCGGUCAAGGCAUUCACGUCAAAAGGAACUAGCUGAAAACUAUCUAUUUGUGUGCUGGUGCGAGCGGUGCACAUCAGAGAGUUCCCAACCCGACAUCACCAGUGAAGAGGAUAUGAGUGAUGAUGAGUUUGAUGAUGAAGAUGACUGAUGUUCCAACCUGCUGGCCUUCUGCUUGCUUGGCCUAUAGACACUUGUGUGCAAUGUUGUUAAUUAUAAGAAAAUAUUUUUUAUGUUUUUGAUUUUUUACUUUCCAUUUUUGACAUCCCUAUUAGACAUAUGUGUGCUGAGUUUAAAUAUUUUGUAAAUGAACUUUGUUGUGUGUUUAUAAGAAUGAUUGUUUUGAAAUGUGUAUAAAUAUGGUAAUCUCUAUUAUAUUACUUAGCUUUAUUUUCCCGUGCUUUGCGUCUUACGUAGUAGUUUUAUGGUAUGUCUGGUAUUCCUUUUUAAUAUUC